UGUCAAUAAAAGAUGGCCAGUUCCUCUGUCUCCUCCUUGCUCCGUCUUAGCUUUUGCUUGUUCAUUCUUCAAGUAAUGAACAUUGGCAGGUGUAGCGCUGCAACUAGGAUCUACCAGUUUAAAGUACAAACAAAGAGACUCACCAGGCUGUGCCAGACAAAAGAGAUUGUGACAAUCAACGGAAAGUUCCCUGGCCUUGCGAUAACCGCUCAAGAAGAUGACAACAUUGUCGUUAAUGUUAUCAACAUGACCCCCUAUAAUGCCACAAUUCAUUGGCAUGGUAUUAAGCAAAAACUAUCUUGUUGGUACGAUGGUCCAUCUUACAUCACACAAUGUCCAAUUCAGAGCGGACAGAGUUUCACAUACAACUUCACAGUGGCGCAACAAAAGGGCACAUUCUUUUGGCAUGCACACUUUUCUUGGCUUAGAGCUACUGUAUACGGUCCGCUCAUUGUAUAUCCUAAAGCUAAUGUUCCUUACCCAUUCAAGAAACCCUUCAAAGAGCAUACAAUUCUCCUAGGAGAGUAUUGGCUUAAGAACGUGGUGGAGCUUGAAAAACAUGUACUGGAGAGUGGAGGACCUCCUCCUCCAGCAGAUGCAUUCACAAUUAAUGGUCAGCCAGGACCUAACUACAAUUGCUCCUCUAAAGAUGUUUAUGAACUUGAGAUAGUGCCAAGGAAGACAUACCUGCUAAGGCUGAUAAACGCUGGCAUCAACAUGGAGAGCUUCUUCACCAUAGCCAAUCACAGGUUAACCAUAGUGGAAGUAGACGGCGAGUACACCAAACCUUUUACAACAGAGCGUCUGAUGCUCGUGCCUGGACAGACAAUGAACCUUCUCCUCACAGCUGAUCAACCCAUUGGGAGAUACUCCAUCGCCAUGGGUCCGUACGAGUCUGCAAAGAACGUCAAGUUUCAACACACUUCAGCGAUAGCUAGUCUCCGAUACUUUGGUGCAUUCCCCAACAGUGUAGCGUCACCAGCUAAGUUACCUGUUUUCAAUGAUAACAUUGCUGUUAAGACUGUCAUGGAUGGGCUCAGAAGUCUAAACACAGUUGACGUUCCAAAAGAUGUUGAUGCUCAUCUCUUCAUCACAAUUGGGAUAAAUGUAAACAAGUGUAACUCUGAAGACCCAAACAACAAGUGCCAAGGUCCCAGGAAAGGAAGGCUAGCAGCUUCAAUGAACAACAUCAGCUUCGUGGAACCUAAAGUAUCGAUACUGGAAGCUUAUUACAAGAAACUGGAAGGGUACUUCACUCUAGAUUUCCCAACAGCACCAGAAAAGUCUUAUGACUUCGUCAAUGGAGCGCCCAAUGAUAUAGCCAAUGACACGCAGGCAGCAAACGGGACCAGAGCAAUGGUUUUCGAGUAUGGGAGCAGGAUACAGAUCAUCUUCCAGAACACUGGCACUCUAACAACUGAAAAUCAUCCGAUUCAUCUUCACGGGCAUAGCUUCUAUGUUAUUGGCUAUGGCACAGGGAACUAUGAUCAACAAACAGCACGGUUUAACCUGGAGGAUCCUCCUUAUUUGAACACUAUUGGAGUCCCAGUUGGAGGAUGGGCUGCGAUUCGUUUUGUUGCUGACAAUCCAGGGCUAUGGCUAUUGCAUUGCCAUUUUGAUAUCCAUCAAACAUGGGGAAUGAGCACAAUGUUUAUAGUGAAAAAUGGCAAGACGGUGGUUGAGAGUCUACCUCAACCUCCUGCAGACCUACCAAAGUGCUAGCUUCACUGAAAUUAGCAAAUGGUGACAGGGAAACAUCUCCCAGAGGAAGAUUCUUCCAUUUGCCUACUCUUAUUCGUUUAAUCUAGAGCAAAUGAAAUGUGCUUCAUUCAAA